AAUUUUCAAAUAAAAGGAACAUACUACUCUGGCCGUGUCACUUACUUGAAGAGAUUGGCAAGAUCGGGAAGGAAUAAAGAGACAGUGUUUGAUAAUAUAAUAAACAGUGCUUUGUUCACAUGCUGUUGGGUUUUGGCAAUAUGAAGACUGCUGUAGCAUUCCUGUUUGCUGUAACAAGCCUAGUGUCGGGAAUUAAUGCAAGACAUGCAAGAGCUUGCUGCAAAGAUGGCUGGAUACCUUAUCAAGGUCAUUGUUACCAUAUUGGUUAUGGGACGGAUCUUACAUUUUCUGAGGCACGGGCGUACUGUCAACAUCGUGGUUCUUACCUUGUACGACUUGACACUUUUGCUGAAUACACUUUCUUGGCUGGAAUUUUAAAGAAAACUAACGCUGGAUUUACGUGGAUGGGAUUGACCGACAUCUCUCAUGAAGGGAUCUGGAGAUGGUUUGACACAAAAGAGCAUGCUACAUUCUCUGACUGGGCAGCUGGGGAGCCCAACAACGACAAUGGUGCUGAAGAUUGUGUACACUUCGAUUAUAGACAGAACUACAAGUGGAACGAUGUGCCAUGCAGUUUUAAAAGUAGACCAUUGUGCGAAAUUGAAUUAAGAUAAAUUUCAAACAUUAAUGAACAAAAUUUUUUAUUUGUUUAGUUAAUAUUUCAAGUGCUUAUUAACAAGAACAAACAAGUUUCUAUUUCACAACAGCCGGUAUUGAUUGCCUUGUGGUAGCUGUAUAAAGUUGCACAGUUUGCUUCA